AUGGCGAUGGUGCUAUUUGUCUUACUCCUCGGCUCCUUAGUUAUUCUCUGUCGUCGCAAAUCGCAUAAUCGGAAGCAAAUGAGUGAUUUGGACGUGCUAGAUACCUAUAAACAAGACACGAUGACACCCGACUACAGUUCCGGUAAUCGUCAAUUCACGGACGCAUUCCGGUCUGCCGGAAAACUGAAUGCACCACUUAUACCGUCCUACGGAGGAAGCUCUGUCUCUCAACCACCACCUUAUUACGGUAGUGGUGGAGCUGCAGCCACUGCAUAUAAGCCCUACGUCGAUCCGACUGCUUACGAGGAUCCGAAUCAGGCUCUGGUCGAGUUCACGUUCGACAUCGAUCCUGCAGCCGUGUUUAUCACGGAAGUGAUUGGUGGAGGAGAAUUUGGCGAUGUGUGCAAAGGAGGCCUCAAGAGAAACAUGGUCGGAGGAGGAAUCGCCAACAGCAUAUUUGACAACGAGAUUGACGUGGUCGCCAUAAAGACCUUAAAACCAGGCAGCAGCCCCAAAGCAAAAGCCGAUUUUCUGUUGGAAGCGUCAAUUAUGGGACAGUUUUCCCAUCCGAAUGUGAUUCGCUUAAUUGGAGUGGUUACUCGUUCAGAACCUGCAAUGAUCGUGACAGAAUUCAUGUCGAAUGGCUCGUUGGACCAUUUACUUCGUGGAAAAGACGCGCGUGGUGAAGAACUGAGUUGGCCGCGUGUUGUCGAUAUGUUGAGGGGAAUAGCGUCUGGUAUGAAGUACUUGACAGAUAAGGGAUAUGUGCACAGGGAUCUGGCCGCACGUAAUGUACUAGUAGACUCGGAGCUCACUUGUAAAAUUGCCGACUUUGGAUUGUCACGUGGUGUUGACGACUCUGCUGAACAGGAAUACACCACCAAUGGCGGAAAGAUCCCGGUCCGCUGGACGUCACCCGAAGCCAUUACCCAUAGGAAAUUCACGGCGGCAUCUGAUGUGUGGAGCUUUGGUGUGCUUGUCUGGGAAGUGUGCUCGUUCGGAGAACGGCCAUAUUGGGAUUGGACAAACCAGAAGGUGAUUAGCGAGAUUAUGCUCGGCUAUCGUCUGCCGCCCCCUAUGGACUGUCCAGUAGCGCUGCACCGACUGAUGCUGUGGUGCUGGCGACUUGAUCGUCAUGAACGACCCACAUUUGCGCAGAUCUUGGCCAUCCUGGAGAAAUACGCCAGGAAUCCUGAUUUGAUCUACGUGGAUACCACUGCGUUCACCACCGGUCGCCUGGCGACUUCAACAGUGAAUGUCAAUGGCAACACGUUCUGUCAACCGACGAGCUCACCAGGUGGUCCAAUGAUUCCCAACAUUCAUCCAUCAUCGCUACCUACGUUAGCGGAUUUCCUGCGAUCUCUAAAUUUGAGCCAUUAUACGGAAAAACUCACCAAGGAGGGCAUUUUCACAGUGACAGAUCUUGCACGGCGAAGUCAUCUGGAUAUGUUGGCUAUCGGUUUAAUAUCGGAAGAAUUCCAACGAAUUCGUAGCGCCUUGUCACAACUGCAAGACGCUCGCGGUAUGUCACGAGCAGCUGAGGUGACGACGACGACGUUGCCGUUGCGAUCGGCAACGAUUCGGCCGUCGCGACAUGACGACGGAUUCUUCGUCUAA